AUGAAUCCGACGGGCGACGAGCAGCAUGGCGCGGCAGGCAUGGCGCCAGGGCAAUAUUACUAUGGCGCUCCGGACGACACGCACCCUUAUGGGUACCCAGGUGGUGGCAUGCCGCCGUAUUCUGGGCCUCCGCAAAUGCUCCCGCCGAACAUGCAGUAUGGGACGCGCGACCUAAACCUCAUGUCUGGCGCGCCUGAGCAUGCGCCCUUCGACAAUGGCAUCUAUCGCGGCGCGGCGAAUCCCGACCCAUCCCCGCCACCCCAGUCGCCUUACGGCCCUCUCUCGCCCCCCAUCUCCGGCUCCGAUACAAGCGGCGCAGAAUAUCACUCGAACCACUCGCGAAAUUCCUCGGUCGGUUCCUCCCGCGGCAACGGCUUCGUCCACCGCAGCCUGCGUUACAACCCGACUCCGUCGCCCUCAAACUCGUCCGGAAGGCGCUCUCGUGGAAGGUCCUUUGACGGCUCAGACGAAGAGAUGGGCGUGUCCAUUGCCGAAUCGAUCGCCACCACCCGCAAGGAGGCGACGCGCCGUCAGCGGAUCGAGGCCGAACAGCGCCGUCGCGACGAGCUACGCGACGGCUACUCGCGUUUGAAAGACGUGCUGCCCGUGUCCAACCAGAAGAGCAGCAAGGUCAAUCUGCUCGAGCGCGCCACUACUCAUAUCGUCCAGCUCGAGAAGCAAAACGACACGCUCACGCAGCACAUCCAACGUCUCGAGGAAGAGGUCAAGACCCUCCGCCAGAUAAGCGAGAAGAUGGCCUUCUCCGGAAAGCUCCCUGGUGGACAGUCGCCGGCCGGACCCCAUGGUCUUGCGAGCGUCUCUGGAGAGCCGCCCUCGGCAAUGUCAAGCCCCUCGUCGGACGAAUACUGA